GAUGAGAUAAGAAUUUAAAGCCCCACCUUUCAUUUCCCUCUCUUCCUCUUACUUGGCCCCUUUCCCCUUCCUCCCCACCCAAAACAAGAAGACGAGGGAAUUAGCUACAGGGACACCUAACCAGCUGAAGAUGGUAUUGGGUUCUUUCUAGACUGCAUUUUUAUGACAGACAGAGACUUAAAAACUACUUAAAGGUGAAGAAUAAGUGAUCAAAAGUUUGAAUUAGUUACUGAUACCAAGAUUUUCCACUCGAGCUGAAGAUGACACCUGUGCUUCCAAGUUCACCUAGCAAUAAUUUAGUUAAUCCGGGAAAUGCCUUAAUAAACAGGAAGGACACGUUUCUUACCAGAUGCAGUUUCUUACGGAAAUCAAGGAAACAAGGUUUGCUUUCACAAAGAUAUAUGUUACCUAUGUCCACAUCUUUCAGGUUAUUUCCACAGUUUAGGAUGGGAUGUGCUUUACAACCUAAAUUGAGGGGCCAUAUAGUAUUGGCAACCCAGACUGAUGUAGCAGUAGAAGAGACUGAUUUGCCUGGAGCUGAUAAAGAUACUGGUGAAGUCUCUGAAAGUCCAUUAGAUGCUAUAGAAACAAACGAAGAUUCCUCUGCUAAAUCAGAUGGAAGCUCCACUACUGCUCGAUCUAAGCGAACAAGACCCGUUAGGAAGAGUGACAUGCCUCCUAUCAGGACUGAGGAUUUGAUUCCUGGUGCAACUUAUACCGGAAAAGUAAGAUCAAUUCAGCCAUUUGGCGCUUUUGUUGAUUUUGGUGCCUUCACGGAUGGCCUUGUGCAUGUUUCUAGGUUGAGUGAUGGUUUUGUGAAGGAUGUUGGUGAUGUCGUCUCUGUUGGACAAGAGGUGACAGUAAGAUUAGUUGAAGCAAACACAGAAACAGGAAGAAUCUCUCUUACAAUGAGGGAAAGUGAUGAUCCUACCAAACCCCAGAAGCAGAGAGACACCCCUGCUGGUACCUCCAGAGCUCCCAGAAAGUCCAACCAAAGGCGGGAUGAGGUGAAGAGAAGCUCAAAGUUUGUUAAAGGGCAAGAACUUGAUGGCACUGUUAAAAAUUUAGUCAGAGCUGGUGCCUUCAUAUCUCUACCGGAAGGGGAGGAAGGUUUCCUGCCCACAUCAGAGGAAGCUGAUGAAGGUUUUGGGAACUUUACAGGAGGAUCUUCACUCCAAGUUGGACAAGAAGUGAAAGUUCGUGUGUUAAACAUCAAUAGAGGAAAGGUACAAUUGACGAUGAAAAAAGAGGAAACUGCUGGAGAGUUUGACUUAGUGCAGGGUGUUGUCCAUACUGCAACCAACCCCUUUGUAUUGGCUUUCCAUAGAAACAAAGAUAUAGCCACAUUUUUGGAUGAGCAAGACAAAACAGUGAAACCAACCGAACCAUCACAGGAUACUGUACUCAAUACAGAUGCCACAGUCAACAUUGCAGACAAUGCUGAAGCCACAGAAAAAAGUGAGGAUCAAGAAAGCUUACAUGAACCAGAAGGAAGCUUUGAGAUAUUGUCCCCUGAAGGUAGCACAUCUGCCACUAUUGAUACAGUAGAUGAAGCUCAAACUUUGGGCAAGUAUGAGGAUCAAGAAAAUAUAAUUGCUGAUUCUUUGAGAGGGGUUGAUAGUGCGGUACAAAAUGUCGGUGACGAACCUGAAGCAAGCUCUGAUGUAUUGGCUGCUGCAGGUAGCACAUCCACCAUAGAUCCAAUAACUGAUUUGCUUCCUGCCACAGAGAAAGUAGAAGAUGGUGAAAAAUCUGAGCUAUCAGGAAUUGUAUCUGGUCAAAUUUCAUCAUCAGAGAAUUUGAUUGGUCAGGAGGCUCAAGAGGAUGAAUCUAAAAAGAAAGAUGUGACGCUGAAAGAUGAACUACAAACUGAGACACCUAUUGGAAAUGAAGAAUUCAUUUCUGCUGCAAAAGAUGCAGAAGAAAUAGUGGCACCUAACCCGGAGAUAGAUGGUGGUAUUGCAAGCUCAGAGAGUUUGAUUGGUGGGGAAGGUACAGAGGAUGAAGUCAAAGAUGUGACUGUGAAAGAUCAAGUACAAACUGAGGCACCUGUUGAAAAGCAAAAAGUCAUUUCUGCUUCAAAAAAUGAAGAAGAAAUAGUGGCACCUAACCCAGAGAUAAAUACUGGUGUUGCAAGCUCAGGUGAAAAAGAGGGUUUGAUUGGUGAGGAGGGUCCAGAGGAUGAAGUCAAAGAUGUGGCUGUGAAAGACGAAGUACAAACUGAGGCACCUAUUGAAAAGGAAGAAGUCAUUUCUGCUUCAAAAAAUGAAGAAGAAAUAGUGGCACCUAACCCAGAGAUAAAUGGUGGUAUUUCUAGCUCAGGUACUCCUGAAGAAGAAAGUGCGGUCAAUGAAGUCACUGAGAAUAUCAGUGUGAGUGUAGCUGAUGCAGUGCAGGCGGAGAGUCCUCUUUCAGAAACUGAACCUUUGUCUGGUACAACUGUUAUAACAGAACAGGUAGGGCCUGAUUCAACCAAAAACGGAAAUGUUGCAGACUUAAGUGAGCAAAGUAGUACGCCUUCACAAAAAGAAGCAACCACCAAAGCUGCUAUAUCACCUGCUCUUGUGAAGCAGUUGCGUGAAGAAACUGGAGCAGGUAUGAUGGAUUGCAAGAGAGCACUUUCAGAAAUGGGAGGAGAUAUGGUUAAAGCUCAGGAAUACCUCAGAAAGAAAGGGUUAGCAAGUGCAGAUAAGAAAGCCAGCCGGACUACUGCUGAAGGAAGAAUCGGGUCAUACAUCCAUGAUAGUAGGAUUGGCAUCUUGAUAGAGGUGAACUGUGAGACUGACUUUGUGUCAAGGGGUGACAUCUUUAAGGAAUUAGUUGAAGACUUGGCCAUGCAAGUGGCUGCAUGCCCUCAAGUACAGUAUCUUGCUGCAGAUGAUGUUCCCAAGGAGAUAGUUGAUAAGGAAAGAGAAAUUGAAAUGCAGAAAGAAGAUCUACUUUCAAAACCUGAGCAGAUCAGGUUAAAGAUUGUUGAUGGGCGGAUCAGGAAAAGGCUCGAGGAGCUGGCCUUAUUGGAGCAGCCCUACAUUAAGAAUGAUAAAAUGGUGGUUAAAGAUUGGGUGAAGCAGACUAUAGCAACAAUUGGUGAAAAUAUAAAGGUCAAAAGAUUUGUACGCUACAACCUGGGAGAAGGUUUGGAAAAGAAAGGCCAAGAUUAUGCCAGAGAGGUAGCUGCCCAGACUACAGCAAAACCAACUGAACCAAAGAAAGAGCAGCCUGUCACCGUUGAAGCCAAGGAAACAGUUGACAAGCCUGUAAAAGCAACGAUCUCACCAGCACUGGUUAAACAAUUGCGAGAAGAAACUGGAGCAGGUAUGAUGGACUGCAAGAAAGCCCUCUCUGAAACGGGUGGAGACCUUGAGAAGGCACAAGAGUAUCUGAGGAAGAAGGGUCUGUCUUCUGCUGAAAAGAAGUCUAGCAGGCUUGCAGCAGAAGGUAGGAUUGGGUCCUAUAUUCAUGAUUCUCGCAUUGGGGUUCUCAUCGAAGUCAACUGUGAAACUGACUUCGUGGGUAGAGGAGAAAUUUUUAAGGAAUUAGUUGAUGACCUAGCAAUGCAAGUUGUGGCAAGUCCACAGGUGCAGUGUGUAUCUGUUGAAGAUAUUCCAGCAACCAUUGUCAAUGAGGAAAAAGAGUCGGAGAUGCAGAGAGAAGACCUUCAGUCCAAACCUGAGAAUAUAAGAGAGAAAAUCGUCGAGGGAAGGGUAUCAAAGAGGCUUGGUGAGCUUGCCCUUCUAGAGCAACCUUUCAUAAAAAAUGACAGUAUGUUGGUCAAGGACUUGGUAAAGCAAACUGUGGCAUCUCUUGGCGAGAACAUAAAAGUAAGACGGUUCGUUCGAUUUACUCUUGGCCAGGAAAGUAAACCAGAAUUGGGUGAAGAGGCAGCUGCUGCAGUAAAAGAGUGAAAUUUGAUCUCUGACUGCUUUAUCCACGAGUUAUGGAGAGCCUUCCGGGCAUUGCCAUGAAGAUGGAAUGAAUGAAAAUUAAUUUAGUUAUCGAGUCUGGGGAGUUUCUUUAUGUGCGAAAUGAUCCUUUUUGUUGCUAUGCAAAUGACUCCCUAUUUUGCUGAUGUUUUGAUACCAUGAAAAGCUACCCAUAGGUAUAUAGUCCUUUAAGUCUCCUUUUGACUGACCGAGGCUGAAUGGAGCAGCAUACCUCCACCGGUGUUUGAACGCUGAAAUCCUACAAGCAAUUCUUUUUUUUUUUUUGGGUAUAUUAUUCUUUUGGAUAUUUGGAUUUUAUCGAAGCAAACUUGCCAUCUGAUUAUUAUUA